AUGGGGUAAUAAUAUGCGAAAUAGUAAGGAUUAGAGAGAGUUGAUGUAUUUGGUUAAAUCGUAUUUCUUCGUAUGAAUAAAUAAGCCUAUUUCCGAACAAAAUUAGGAGGUACAAUAUCAUUGGCAGUGUUAUUUUUAAUGAUAUAUUUCUACUCUUAAAGCUUACAAUCUUUUUUCUUAAAGGAAUAAUUAAGAGUUAUCUCAGCUAAUAAAUUUGAGGAUGAAGUCUAAUCAAUCUAAUUAGAUUAAUCCGAUUUCAUGUUUGCUUUUAAAAUAGAGUAAAACAAUUUUACUACAUCACCUUUUUUUAAUUUAACACUGGAAUAAAAGUAAACUCAUAAAAUACUAUUCAAGAAAAUACUAAAGACUACCUAAUGGUUAAUAAAAUAAAAUAUCUACAUUAAUCCCAUUAGUGCCUUGUACAACUGACAGAUUCUAAACCACUUUCCUAAAAUAUGGAAUUAAUUUUGAGUAAGAUUUCAAUAAAUUUGACAUUGGGGAUUUUCUAUGUCCACAGUAAAAUAUUUAAAUUAUUUAGGUAUAACAAUACUUUAUUUGUCGGUGGUACUUACACAAGUAAAAGUUAAAACUUAUUAUUUAGGUAAUGAAUUCUAAUAUUUAACUCUCACUGUUUCAUAAUGUAUAAGCAAUCAUUAGGUUUUAUGUGCCACUGAAAAUUCCAUUCAUGAUUAUUUCUAAAAUACUGGCUCUUUUAAAUUACAAAUCUAUACUAUUAAUUAAGUAUUAACAUCAUUAACUAUUUAGCUUAUCAAUCCUUACAAAUAAGGAUAUCGAUCAGCAUUUUUAGAUGAUCAAAUUUAUUUUACAUUUGUACCAAAUUAAUUGAAUAGAAAAGCUAAUAUUUAUUUUAGGAAAUAUGAAUUUAUUAAUGAUGAGAGUCUCUUGCCAUUUAGGUAUAAUUUGAAAUUAUGAAGUGAUAUUUAAGAAGAUAAUGUUUUUUUAAUCGAUUAAUCUGAUUUGAAAGAAAUGUCAGAUAUUGGGACUUAUCUUGAUACAUCUUAUGCAACUUUUAAUUUUAGAUUAAAUCCGUUUAAAACAUAAUUCACUAGAAGUUAUUAAAAAAUUGAUGAGCUUUUAUCGAAUCUUGGAGGUAUAUAAUAAGCUUUCUUUUUUUUUAUUGGAUUGCUUGUUGGAUUGUAUAAUAGAAUAUAAUGUAUGAUCUACAAUUAUUCUAAGUUUUGAUAUAAUUGGCUAAUAAAUUAUUCGAAUUUCAAUUAGAUUCAAGUAUUCAAAACAGAUAACACCAAGAAAAUCUUGAAUUGAUUAAUGAGUUUAUGUAGCAUAGAGAAAAUCAUCUGCAUAUAAAUUCUAAUGCAGAAAUAGAUGAAUUAGAUAAUUAAUAAGCAGAAGAUAAAUUAUCACCGGAUCUUUCUCAAAGAUAUAAUUUACUGAAUUUAUUUAUAAAUACUGGGGCAAUAGUAUCAAAAACAACGAAUCAUUCAAAAUCAAGUAAGGAAACAAUUAAAUAACACUAUAUUUUGGCUGAGAAAUUAAAAUUUAUCUCAGGAAUAGAUUAUUUUUAAAAAUAAAUAAUAAAGAUAAUAGAAAGGCAGAAACCAAUUUAUUUAGAUUUUUAGAUAUUCUGUAAUUAUAUAAGUUGUGGUAAAUUGUUUAAGAAUCAGCCAAAAGUAAUAUUGAUGAAUAAAGCUUUGUAAAUAAAAUAAAAAAUAUAUUAGUGAUAAUAUAAUAGAUUAAUUAGAUGUUCAUCAUAUAUUAUUAAAAUUGAAUGAAUUAGAGAAAUUAAAAGAGACAGUAUUUAAUUAUAAAUAAUUAUUGAUGUUCAAUUUCACUCCUAAACCAUUAAUAAAUCUUGAGAGUAAUACAAAGUAGCCUUCAAGAUAACUUUUAGAACAGAUAGUAAAAUCUCCUGAGGCAAUGGGUAAACAAAUUAAUUAAUUAAAAUAGAUAAAACAGAUUAAGAAUUCUUUGAAAUGAUUAAUUAUAAAAAGAUGAGCAGAAAUUAACCUAAUCUUUUUGGAGAUUACUUAAUUUAUUCAAAAAUAUUUAAUGUAAUAAUUUAAUGUAUAAAAAUAAGGCUUAUGAUGAUAUAUUAUAAUCAAGUGAUUCUGUAUAUUAAAAUAAAGCAUUAAUUUAAAAACUUGGACCUGAAUUAUAGAUAGUUUUUAAGUUAUCGAAAUUAAUAGAUACUCAACAUAAAAUUUAUAAUAAACAAAGAAAUCCUACUAGAAGAGGAGCACUUUAAUAAGAGGAAGAAGAUCUUUGUGUAAAAAUGUUUGAUUAGCAUAGCCAAUAGAGUUGA